AUGGCUGUGUCGUCCAGUCGUGAUCCUCAUCAAGUCAUCGACACCCUAAACAGACUAGCCGCAACAGUACCUACCGACACUGGAUGUCGUGUGCAGCUAUGGCGAGGAUUCGAGCAACUUUUCCGAUGGAAUCUUCCAGCAGGAUCCUACAUCGAAAUCUUCCAGACUUCGCCGGAAGACAACGGUGAUCUGGACAAUGUUGGGCGAAUUUAUGACGCUCUACGACAAUUAUUCGUCAAAAUGAAUGGUUUCCUAUCGUAUUCGCCAACGUUCCCUCCAAAUGGGUUCGCCUGUAAUGCUACUCUGAUAGACUUCGCCACGUUGUCCAUGAUGGUCGGAGGAUCGGCUGGCGUCGUAUAUCCUCUCCAACCUGCAACCACAGCUGAUAUGACUCAAGUGAUUCCACUGCAGUACCAAUCGGCACAAGUUUAUGGACAAUAUAGCUACCAGUGUAAAAACCCGAUGAAGACAGCCUCGUAA